AUGGCUAAGGGAUUCGAACAGUGGUCCAAGUCAUCAGAAGUGCUCAGGAAGUUUAACCAAGGCUUCUAUGCCGACGAUCCCGAAAUCGAGUGGCACGUUCUAGCCCAGCAUAAGCGUAAUAACCUGGAUGAGUCUCUCACAACGGAUAUUUUUGUCUUUGGCGCGACUUCCGGGUUCUUGAAGGAGGUUAUUCUUGGGAUUAGAUAUGCUCCAGUGUCGCUCCCAGCAACAACUGUGCCAAUAGCAAAUGAAUAUGUCCCUCUAGGUACACAGUUCGUACCGGCACCAACUGCAACGGAACAAAUGUCCGUGCUAUACGAGUCAUAUGCUUCUGAGGUUCGACAGCCUCAGCAAGGUGCCACGAAGCCAGCUCCAGCGCCAGCUCCCAAGAAGGACAUCAAGGCGGAGCUGUGGCUUAGGCUCCGACCAGUUUUAGCAGAUAUUUAUGGACUUGAGCCAGAUGAGAUAAAAGAAACCAAUUUAUUGGCCGACAUUGGGAUAGACUCUCUCAUGGGGAUGGAGAUGGCCCGAGAAAUCGAGACUACCUUCCAUGUUACUGUGGAGCAGUCCGAGUUGCUUAGUAUCGUGGAUGUACCAGGCAUUCUCAAACUUUUGCAGUCUACCCUAAGUGACGAUACUUCUUUUGACUGUUACGAGUCUAUGACUUGGGUGCGACUUGCGGCUGCCAAGCCUGGAGAAGUCCUACAGCCCGUCCCUUUUGUUAAGCGCCAUCAGCGCUUCCAUCAGUACCUGCACAAUAUGCUCGAAGAGACCAGAAUUAUUAAUAUCGACGGGGAUGUCAUCACGCGAACUGCUAUCCCGCUGCCUUCUCAAUCCGCAGAUACGAUUCUGCGGGAUCUUAUGCGACGCCAUUCUGACAAUGAGUCCUCUCACCAGAUUGCCUACAAUGUUGGCUCGAGGAUGGCGGAUGUUCUGUCAGGAAAGGCGGAUGACCCGCAGCUCAUCUUUGGUGAUGCGACGAACCGUGAAUUCGUGGCAAAUUUUUACGGCGAGCUGCCAUUCAACAAGCUUUACUUUGAGCUAAUGGCUGAUUUCCUCACCCAGCUUUUCGGCUCGCAACACAUAGUCAUUGCCAGCAACGCGGUGCACGCUACUCGCUCUCUGAGGGACUCGGCACGCAAUAUCCGGAGCAUCCUGCGACCUGACGGAUUCCUCAUGAUCCUUGAGAUGAUGAGAGCUCUACAAUGGGUUGACGUAGUCUGGGGUAUUCUUGAGGGUGUACGCUGGACUGACGGGAAGCUGCCGGAAAUUCACGUGCAAAGAGUUCUUAUCGCCCUGGCCAGUGACGGUGAACAAGAUCUAAACGACAUACCGCCUUUGGCUACCCUCGAGCUGGAAGAAGAUCAUCAUGAUUCCAAGGGUGACCAGGAAGAACGAAAGCUCAUAGGAGAUGCCUAUGUUCAGAAUACAACGCAACGUUUCACAAUUCCCAGCUAUACUGGGCCUACCUUAGACGCAUCUGGCGCGGGCGCAUACAUGCUUGUCACGGGUGCAACUGGAAGUCUCGGCAGCCAUCUUGUAACGCACAUUGCUGGUUUGCCCUCAGUUGAUACCAUUUGCUGGUUGAAUCGGCGGAGUAUUAGUCAGAGGGGCCAAAACCAGUCUCCUAACUCUUUAAACCAACAGAUACACGCAAUGGCAUCCAAAGGCAUCGAACUAGGUGCAGCGGAGCUCGACAAGCUGAGAGUCAUCGAAACAGACUUGCCGCUGCCGCAAUUUGGCCUGGAUGAGAGCCAGUACGGUCAGCUACUCAACAACGUGACACAUAUUGCUCACAAUGCUUUCUCUGUAAAUGGCCUACGCUCAUUGGAGCAAAAUAAACCGCAAUUCGCUCUCAUGCGCAAUCUCGUUGACCUUGCCGCCGGCGUGUCAGCUCGCCGUUCAGACGAGUUCAAAGUUACGUUUCAGUUCAUCUCCUCUCUGCCGGCUGUGGGAAUGUAUCCAAAGGUUCAUGGCGAGACUAAGGCAAUUGUCAGGCUCUAUAAAACGGGUUAUUGGAACCACAUGGAGAUGCUGAGCUUUUUGUUCAAGUCUGCUCAGACCCUUCGGGCUUUGCCAGAUGUUGACGGCGCACUCUCGUGGUUGCCUCUUGAGGUAGCCUCAGAAUCAUUGGCCGAUUUGCUCUUUCACGAAGCGCCUACGUGUCAUGCUGUCUAUCACUUGGACAAUACUACUCCUAGGGAUUGGAAAGAUAUGAUGCCCAUACUAGCUGAUGCAUUGGGAGUCCCCGAAUGCCAUUUUGUCCCCUUCCAGGAGCGGCUCCGGAGGGUGCGUGCUUAUCCAGGGGAGGACCCCUGGGAUAACCCAUCCGCUAAGGCUAUGGAUUUCUUUCAUCACUUGGAGCGCUUGUCUUGUGGUGGAGUGACAAUGGCCAAAGACAAUGCUAGAGAACACUCCUCGACCUUGCGAGCUGUCCGUCCAAAAGCUUGGUUCGGAUCCGAAGCUUCGGAGAAAAGCCGGCAAACUCUUCUGUCCCAAGUUUCCAACAAGCACAGUCUUUCUUGGCCAAAGGACCUGUCGCUGCCACAGAGUUCCAAACGCCAAGACUACCGCAAAAUCGACUCGUGGCUUACCAUUUCCAAGGCUGAACUUGAACAAUGGAGCAACUGCUACAGCACUUCGUGGUUUAGAGUUGCCGUGUCAUUGAUUGGCCUGCUUGUGACAGACAUAACACACCCGCCGUUUGGACAAGACGAAGUGGUUUCUGUUGCCUUUGGUAGUCGGCCAAAGGAGAUGGCUUCUUGCAUUGGACAAUUCGCCAAUGCACUUCCGGUAAAGAUUCCGCUUUGGGAGUGCCUCGGGGCUGAGGCCUCCCAGACUGCUUUCAAAAGUCUAGUUUCCGCUGUUGGAAAGAACAUUAGUGCGGUGAAGAAAGCCGAGCUAUUCCCUGCUACCGAGUUGGCGCGGACCUGUAGGAAUCUGAACAUUGAGUACGAACCGCCAAAAGUCACCAUCACGUACUCGCCCAAACUUGCUGAAUCGAGAUGCCUCCUCUUCCCGGUGGAGGGCCCAUGGGACUUGUUCUUCUGUUUCCUGGAGUACGAGGAUCAUGUUAAACUUGGGGUGAUUUACAACCCACUGGUCUUCUCUGAUAAGACCAUGUCAGAGAUGAAAUCGAAGAUGACCAACUUGAUCCAGUUCAGCAAGUCACAGAACACGGCACUCAAUGAAAUGAUGCCGUGGCUUCCCCAUUACCCGCGCGUGCCCUUGCAGCCUUCAGUGGCGGAUAAAGGCCAGCCGCUGAAGCACAUACAUCAAUGGUUUGAGGCCCAUGCGAAAUCGAGACCAGACUCGAUCGCCUUGUCGUCAGACGAACUCGGAAUUCAGAUGACAUACGGCGAAUUGCAGCAAUCGGCUGAGGAGAAAGCGAUGAGUUUGGUUCGCAAAGGAGUCGGGAAGGAAUGCAAAGUCAUCCUGAGCUUGCAACGCGGGUUUGCCGUGAUUGAGUGGAUGCUCGCCGUUUUGAAGGCCGGGGGUGCUUUUGUAUACGUCGACCCCAAUCUUGAAUCGCAGAAAUCGGCCGUUAUCGCGAGCUGCAAGCCCACUCUUAUCGUUGACGACGGAACGUCUGACCAGCUCGUCGCGGAAAAUGCAAAUCACAAACAGGCAGAGAACGAGUCGGGAAUGGAGCCCGGUGAGAAAGAAGCGACUCUGAAACUUCCCAAAGAUGACACCUCAGAUAGUGACCUGGCGUACAUCAUCUAUACUUCUGGCUCAACCGGAAAACCCAAAGGCGCCAUGCUGGAGCACGGCAAUGUGGCUGCUUAUGUGAAGGCAGCUACUACUGCUACAUAUGAAUGCGGCUACGGGGCACGAGUUCUUCAGCUGGCAUCCUUUUUGUUCGACGCGUCACACCCGGCACAUCUGGUCGGAGACUAUCUCGCCGAUGUUAUUGAGCGCAACAACGUGUCGUUUUUGGAGAUCACUCCAACCGCAUUGUCAACUCUUCCGCUCCAUCGAGAACUCCCGUCGCUAAGGCAAAUAUCGGUGGGAGGAGAGUUGCCUUCGCGCGAAAUUUUCCAGCAGUGGCACUCAAGAGUUAAUCUGGUCAACACAUACGGCCCUACAGAAACCGCCGUUGCCGUGGUACUCGGCAAGAUUGACAAAACGGACCAUAUGUCAGACGUACUGUAUACGGGCUUCCCUAUUGGCGAAAAUGAGAUCUACAUUUGUUCGGAGAACUUCAAGUCUAUACUAGGGCCAAACUCGGUGGGAGAGAUUUGCAUAGCUGGACCACAAGUCUCCCGGGGGUACUGCGACCUACCCGAUGUCACGGCUAGACAGUUCGCCGUGCAUGCCAGUGGCGUUCGCAUGUAUCGGACUGGUGACCGCGGGCUCAAGGACAGCAAUGGCCAGAUAUUGGUUCUUGGCCGAAUUGAUCGGGAAAUGAAAGUGCGCGGGUUCCGCAUUGCCCCGGAAGAGGUCGAACAGACAGUUAUUGAUGCGGAUUUGGGUGUGCUAGAGGUUUCGGUUCAAUCGUCCGAAGAUGGUCUGCAGCUCAUGGCGUUCGUAGCACCGCGCAGCGUCGACGUUGCGGCGCUCCAAGCAAAGUUGAAGGAAUCGCUGCCGAACUACAAGGUGCCGUCCAAGUUUAUAGUGGCGCAGAGCUUGCCAAAGAAUGUCAGUGGCAAAACGGAUCACAAAGCCGUGAAAGCACAGCGCAAGGAACUGUCCAGGGAUACCAAGUCGGAAACAACCAUGACAAAAGCUGUCGCGAUGACACGGAAGAAUUUGGAAAACAUGCGUAAACCGCGCGUGGAGGAUGCCGAGAACAUGGUUGGCCAAUUAUGGAAAGACAUCUUGAACCUUGAAAAACCUCCCGUCCCUACAGUCAAUUUCUUUGACAUUGGCGGUCAUAGUCUGCUAGUGCCUAAGCUUCACGAAAAGUUGAAGGCCGCGUUCCCAUCCAUGCACGUUCGACUAUUAGACCUGUUUCAUCAGUCAACAAUCCAGCAACAGGCUCAACUGGUUGGUGGCGGAGCCCAGGGAACGAGUGACGCAGACCGGCCUCCCUCUCCCAUGAGCUCAGGCAAAUUCACACCGCUAUCGGAGGAGAUGCCGCUCCCUGAAAAUGACAUUGCCAUUGUCGGCAUGGCUGGCCGAUUUCCCGGGGCAGCUUCCGUUGAUGAAUUCUUUGAGAAGCUCGUGAAUGGUUACUCGGGAGUAAUUCCCAGCGAUGUCCAGAAGGAGACGUUGGAAGGCAACAUUUGGGUCAAUAGAGCGGGUGCUCUGCAAGACGUUGAGGACUUUGAUCAUGAAUUUUGGAACCUGUCCGAGGAAGAUGCGACAGACAUGGAUCCGCAACAACGGUUGUUCUUGGAAGUCGCCUAUGAGGCUUUUGCGGAUGCUGGCAUUGCCCCUGCCAACAUAGACAGUGGGCGAACGGGAGUAUUCAUCGGAUCUGCAACUCAGAACUACCAUCUGUAUACAGAGGGUGUGGUCGCCGAUUCCUUCCUACGGGAGAACAGAGGUUUUGUUGCGCCGUCAAUUUCGGCACGGACGGCGUAUCACCUAGAUCUUCGUGGCCCGAAUGUAACGGUGCAAACGAAUUGCGCUUCGAGUACAGUGGCACUGUCGCUGGCCUUUGAUGCCAUUCGUUCAGGUCGUUGCGAUACGGCUCUUGUGGGCGGUGUCUCGGUUCAGCUCUUUGAUGGCGGAUAUGUGACCAAGCAUGGACAGAUCUUCUCUCCACGAGGAGAGUGUAAUCCCUUUGACGGCCGGGCGGACGGCACGGUUCCAGGAGACGCUGUUGUAGCAAUAGUUCUGAGAAAAGCAGCUACCUAUGAUACACAACCUUGGAGUGCUUACGCAAACCUGUUGGGAACUGGCAUUGGAGCCGAUGGUGCUUGCGAAAAGGCUGGCUACCAAGUUCCAUCACCUCGCGGCCAGGCAGAGGUCAUCAAGACGGCUUGGGCUGUGGCUGGAAUCACACCAGAGAGACUGAGAUAUGCCGAAAUCCAUGGCAGUGGAACUCCAGUAGGAGACGCCCUCGAAUUAGAGGGCUUGACCUUGGCCGUUCAGGAAGCGGGCGGCGCUCAGGCGCCAUUUGUCGUCGGCUCGACCAAAGGCAACAUUGGCAAUACCCAGCAUGCAUCCGGCUUAGUAUCUCUGAUUAAACUCUGCAAGUCCAUCCAGGCUGGGACUGUGCCUCCCAUGAAGGGCCUGUCAGAACCGAAUCCCAUGAUUGACCGCAACUUACCAAUUAGAUUCGCUACAGAGCCCACAGUAUUAGAGGAUGGCGAUAUUCUCGCCGUUUCUGCUGCCGGUUGGGGCGGCAUUAAUAGUCACUUGCUCUUGUCAUUUCCAGACCCAAGUCACCGGAAGGAAAAGACAAACCACAUUGCUUCCAUGACUUGGCGUCGCAAAACCUUGGCAGCCCCAAGAUUGUCGCAACCUGGGUCAACGGGUCGCAGCGACUGCAAGGAGGUGAUGAUUGAAUCAUUUAUUCGUCAUGCCUCUAACAUUCUGGGAUGUGACGUUGCGUCUGAUACUCGCCUCAAAGAACACGGUCUAGACAGUUUGAAGUACAUCGCCUUGUCAACAGCUGUGGCGAAUGAGCUUCAGACAAUACCACUAAGGUAA